CAGGCUCAGAUGUAKUCCAAAUGAUGAUGUGUUGUUUUGGUUCGAUUUUCGUUCUUCUUUUUCUUACUUUUACAAGUGUUUUUGUUGGAGGUACGCAAAACUACAAGCACAUUACAGUGGCUACGUAUAACCUAUGGAAUGUGAUGUUUACGUGGGAAGCGAGAAAAUACUACAUCGUUGAAAUGAUCAAGCAAGCCAAUCCUGAUUUAAUAGGCUUCCAAGAAGUGCGUUCAGACCUUUCUGGAUCAAGAAAUCAGCUAAGCGAGYUACAGUCAUUGCUUGGAAAUACUUACAAACAUGCCAGUUAUCACCCUGUKACUACUGUAAAGCUUGGCCCCCCUGGAUGGGAAAGAGAAGGACUGGGAAUUUUGAGCAAACAUCCAAUAAUGCUUAGCCAUGCUGUCAAUCUUAAAUCAAAGGCUAAUAAUCCUGAUUCUAAUAAGCGCAUCAUUGUACACUUGCAAGUGGAUGCUAAUGGAGAUGAAAUUGAUUUCACUUUGGUUCAUUUGUCUUACAAUCGUCAGCAACAAUGUCAAAAUGCUGUUGAUGUUAUUAAUUAUUUAGCAUCUGUGGGUAGUGAACGCUCAGUCAUCCUUGGAGAUUUCAAUUCAUAUGAGGAUUUUCCUUGGCCAGUGGCAGCCAUAUUGAAGGGUGGUUUUCCACAAAAUGGUGGCUGUGUACCUGAUAAAUUUUUUGAUCCCCAGGAUUCUGGRCGUGGCUAUGGAUAUGUGGAUGCAUGGAAGAGGUCUAAUGACAAUGGUUAUACAUUUAGUAACAUGCCACAACCAGGUCUUAUAAACAGACCUGAUAGGAUCCUAGUGUCUACUACUGGCCUUACUGUAAUGGAAACCCAGUUACUUAGUGGCACAGGCUACAAAGACAGCUACUACUACAGCUUACUCAACAUUUGGCACAGGCUUCACACUGUCAUGAGUUUUGCCAACAAGUCACUAGAGGGGGGUAUAACUUACACAUGCCACCAAGACUGUGGACCCCAUGGGUCAUGCCGCUGUGGUGUCUGUGUCCAGGGAGGUGCUGACAAUAAUUGUGAUCUACAGUUUUGCUACGAGUGCAGUCCAGCACAUUACAAUUCAUUUCUGRUUCUAGCAUUAUGUGCUGGGAUCUAUKGCGUGCUAAUUGUCUAUAUUAUAUUGAAAGUGACAUUGCGAUUAAUUUCACCAAGAGGACGCCGGCAUAGCCAGAGGAUAAUAUUCAUAAUGACAAACAAAACUCUUUUUAUGUUCCUUGUAUUAACAGUAUUUAUAAUCUAUUUAAUAACAAUACUAAACUUUUCUGAUACAUUGGACACUGUAAUUGGACGAAUUCCCGAGGAAAUGUUUCCAUCUGAUCAUAAAAUGGUUGUUUCUCAUUUAAAGAUAACAUACAGAUAGGAUGCAMAUAAUUUACACUACAGCUAAUAUAUACACCAGAGUUAAUCAUAUUAUAUGCCUUUGGAUGCUUCCACAGUCAAAAAUUAAUUUCAGAACAUGUUCAAUUAGAUAAAAAACSUACUAAAUUAUUUAUUUUGUUUUGCUCUUUACAAAGACCUCAAUCAGUCUAUAGAUAAAUGCAAAAAUGAGAGCAAUUUCUGAAACUUGAAUUAAAUUCAGUACCUUUGAUGGUUGUAAAAAUAUAUUUAAGCAAUGUAAUUACAUUUUAAUAAAAAUGGUGUGUGGUGGGGGUACUAUUUUAAAGUA